UAUAUACCUUGACAUUUAAAGCGCGUCGUCAGAAUUGUGGAGUUCACAAAAACUGACAGCUUUUAUUAAUGCAGUGGAAAUCUAGUAAAAAUGAAGGAAGUAUAUUAUAUCUUCAGUGUUCUGGCUUUACUUGGGGUCACAGAGGGAGGACAGAAUGACACCUGUCGUUACAGAAGCCUGGCUUCCUCGCCAAACCAAACCAGCAUCUCCCCCAUCUUGGAAAAACAUGAAUCCGCCCUGCUGAUGAUUCUUGGUUUCGCUGGAUUUUCCAUUUUCUUGGCAAUAAUACACAACACCAUCAGACGCGUUGUAUACAGGGACGCCCACAGUCUAGACACGGUGUUUGACGCCGGCGGAAAAGUCACGUUAAGUUUAACGGCAGUCACCGUGACGUCACAACUUCUGUGGCCGGCAGAUUUUCUACAGAUCACCACUGUCACAAUAACUAGUGGUUUAGGAGGGUGCUUAUUCUUCGUGUUGGGCAUUGUUCUUGAUAUUCUUCUCUUUCCAAUAUUGUCAGUCGAACUCAAAACUAAAGCUCCUGGUGCUAAGACAUUUCUACAGAUAGUUUAUACAAGGUUUGGGAAACCUGCUCACAUCGUCUUCUGUUGCAUCGCCCUGUUCGCCAACAUCGUGACGAUUACAGCUCUUCUCGUGGCUGGCAGAUCAGCCAUUGGUGUCCUUACAAAAGACGCCACAGAUGAAUUCAUCGCAUUCGUCUUGUCUGUCUUGUUUGGUUCCUAUUGCUUUCUUGGUGGUAUCGGUACAACAUUUUAUAUUUCGUAUUUCAAUACUGCGAUCACAUUUGUAAGUUUGAUUGUAAUAGUUGUCAGUAUAGCUUACACGGGUAACAUAAAUGAAGACAUGUCCAAGUAUGUCUCGAUAGAUGCCAUGUAUGAUGCUAUGUCUUGUAUAAAAGCAAAGGAUGGAAACUAUGAAGAUUCUUUGAUAACUUUUCGAACACGAUCUGGAGCUAUAUACGGUUUAUCUUUGUUCUUCAUGGCCACAUCUCUGAGUUUUAUUGAUCAAGCUAACUGGCAGAGUAGAAUUGCCGCCAAACCUGUGCAGGGCGUCAUCGGAUUCUUUAUAGCGGCCAUUAUGUUUUUCUGUCUCCCUGCAACCAUUGCUCUACCAGCAACUCUUACGUACGCUUCAAUGGCUUACGAGAAUGGAACGCACCUGCUGUCCCAAAACGAAAUAAUUAAUGGUUACAUUACACCAUUUGUGAUAGAGAAAAUCAUGGGUUCAACUGGAGCAUAUCUCCUCAUAACCUCCAUUACCAUGGCUCUUAUGUCAACAGGAUCUGGCGAAAUCAUGGCGGUGGCGUCCAUUAUUGUGUACGACAUUUACAAGGUCUACAUAAACCCUUUUAGACGACUAUUGACACCAACCACCUGUGUCUUGUGUGGACGCCAGAAAGUGAGUGGUCAGGGCGAACUUUGUAGGUGUUCUUCAUCUCUGAACUGUGCAGCAUGUCUAAAGGAUCUUGUCAAGAAAGAGCACACGAGAGACUAUGCCGUGCAGUACACGUGUUCAGUGCAUGGCGAUUAUCGCCAUUAUGAAGACCUUCUGAUGCACUAUAAAAGUUGGUGCAUUGUCUGGGUCACCAUAGCAAUCAUUCCUUUUUCACUUGUAAUAUAUGCCAGCAAUAUCAAUUUAACGUGGGUUAUAUUUUUUCUGCAAGGAACACUUAGCCCAUGCGCCCUUCCAUUGUUACUAGCUAUAAUCUGGACACGCUGCACGUCGUCUGGAGUAAUUGUAGGUAGUCUUGUAGGACUGCUAGGCUAUUUGGUGGCUAAUUUCGUCGUUUCGGAGGUAGUGUACGACGGAGGAUUAUCUAACUUCUUUAUCAACACUGUCCAAGACUACAGUCUUUUAGCAGGCUGUGUGACUGGAAUUCUACUAAGCAGUUUGGGAACAACUGUGACCUCAUUAAUGACUCACAAAAUAAAAUCUCAGGAAGAUGUAUCGCGUGAAUGGGAGAAAACGAUCUCCAUUGACAACCCAUUGAAUCCAUGGCGACGCCUGUAUGAAAAAGAGCUGGCGGAGUUUCCUCCAGGAACAAAACCAACAGCAGCUGUAAUGGCCGAAAUAUUCCGUUCGGCGCGAAAAGUCGCUAUCUUUGGGGGCUUUACAUUCGUUUUCCUAUUCUUAGUUGUAAUUCCCGCUGUUGUGACGUCAUUUGAUGUUUUGACCCGCGAUCAGUUUUCUUCCUAUUUAACCUUUUGUUAUGUUAUUUGUUUUAUGGGAGCUGUAUUUGUCGUUCUUGCUCCACCAGUGGAAGAAAUGUAUCAGAUUAUCAAAGCAUGGAAAAGUUCUAAACAAAAGGACAACCUACACAUAAAGAAUCCGGAAAUUGAACAAAGCCGACUUUAAUAUAGGACAAAAAUUGCAUACAUGUGAAUUUCUUUUUUUCGUGUGUGUGUGUAAUCAUAAUAGAAUCCAGGACAACUCAGGUGAAUUAUUAGGUUUCAGGACUUACAAAUUAACAGUCUGUAAGUUGUACCUUACUCUGAUUUACAGUCCCUUUUUUAAACAAUAUUCAGUUUCUUUCCUCUAUUUGGAAUUCUUAAGUUUCUUUAUUUUAAAAGUAGCAUGUGUUAUUUCCCUGCUGCUUGAAAGAUAACUUUGGCAAGUUCUAUACUGAUAAAUGAAAAUAUUUAAGCCUACUUCACUCUCUAUAGAAAGUUCGGGUUUAUUGGGUUUUUUUUUAAUUCCUCACACAUCUUCAGUCCUAAAAUCCCUCUUACAUUUCAAAAAGUCCUGUAGAACCUUCUCUCUAUUAUUUUAUUUUAUUUUUUUGGUGGUAACCAAAACAAUCUUUUGGAUGGUGUCUAAGAUUUGCAAUAUUAAGGUUUGGGAGUUUAUAUGCACAUCCUCAGGGGCAAAUUGUGGACGGAAAACGACAUUUAUCUACAAUUUCAAAUCGGUCCUAAAUGUAUGCAGUAUGUACACAUAGUUUUUGUGUCGCCUGAGCAGAGCGGCACUACGGGAUCAAUUUUCCCGGCAGCCAUCUGUGUCCGUAUGUCACGCCAUAUAUCCCGAGAACUGUAGGAGCAGUGACCUAUAUAAUUAGUAUAUAGGUCCCUGGUAGGAGGUAUGUGGAUAUGACAUUUUGCACAUAUACUAGUACUGCUAUGCGCUAUAGCUUUUGUAAAUUACUAUGGUUACCGACCUCGCAAAUUUUGACCUUUGACCUACUGGCUCUUGUAGCCGAUAUGUGGUAUAAUUUUUUUCAAAUUUAAGAUACAAGUAUAUGUUAUUUAGCAGUUACUUUGUUUGUGAUAAGAAAAUACUAUCGUUACAAUCGACUUGACACUUUAACCCCCCCCCCCCCCCCCCGAAAA